GUUUAGCGACUGAGCGCCCGGCUCAAACUGAGCGACAGGCGUGACAACACGGGCGAAGAGCGACAGCACCUCUGAGCUUCUCUCAGCUAAAAGCUGUCCGUCCUGCCUGGAUAAUAUCCCGCCGCCUCACUCGGAAGGAUUUGCAUCUUUACCGGCUGUUUUCGUGUCGAAGUUGACUUUGUGGGGACCCUGACACUUUCUGAGGCGUCUCCUCCCAAACCGGGGAGAUCAAACAGCGCCGGCUUGAGCCACGAGUGGAGCACUUAUACACUCAUCCUCAGUAAAAACACGUUCACCGUCCACUCUUUCCCCUUUUGUGCGUGAGGAGCGUGAGAAGCAGGAGUUAUGGCCGCCUUAGCAGGGGGCAUUCCGAGGAUGAUGCGCCCCACGCCACCCCAGAACUACCCGAGAGGGGGCUAUUCACUGGAAGUCUCCACGCCGUUAGGACAGGGUCGUGUGAACCAGCUCGGCGGUGUGUUCAUCAACGGCCGCCCGCUGCCCAACCACAUCCGCCAUAAGAUUGUGGAGAUGGCGCACCACGGCAUCAGGCCCUGCGUCAUCUCUCGCCAACUGCGUGUGUCUCACGGCUGCGUCUCCAAGAUCCUGUGCCGCUACCAGGAGACCGGCUCCAUCAGACCCGGCGCCAUCGGGGGCAGCAAGCCCAAGCAGAACUCCAACCCCGACGUGGAUAAGAAGAUCGAGGAGUAUAAGCGCGAGAACCCGGGCAUGUUCAGCUGGGAGAUCCGGGACAAGCUGCUGAAGGACGGAGUGUGUGACCGAAACACAGUGCCCUCAGUCAGCUCCAUCAGCCGCAUAAUGCGCUGUAAGUUCGGCGCAAACGGAGAGGAUGAAGAGGACGAUGAUGAGAUCGAAAAGAGGGAGAUGGAAGAAAACGAGAGAAGAGCCAAGCACAGUAUCGAUGGCAUUCUGGGGGACAGAUCGAGUCAUUCAGACGAGGGCUCAGACGUGGACUCAGAGCCUGGACUGCCGCUGAAGAGGAAACAGAGGCGCAGUCGCACAACAUUCACUGCCGAACAGCUGGAGGAGCUGGAGAGAGCGUUUGAGCGCACACACUACCCCGACAUCUACACACGCGAGGAACUCGCCCAGAGAGCCAAACUCACUGAGGCUAGAGUGCAGGUGUGGUUUAGCAACAGACGGGCUCGUUGGAGAAAGCAGGCAGGAGCCAAUCAGCUGAUGGCAUUUAAUCACCUGAUCCCUGGAGGAUUUCCACCAUCAGCUAUGUCCAGCCUGCAGCCCUAUCAGCUACCAGAGAGUCCAUACUCUACCUCCUCCAUCCCGCAAGUGUCAGAGCAGCCUAAUACUGUCCACAGGCCCCAGCCUCUUCCUCCCACCUCAGUGCACCAGAGUGGGCUUGCCUCGGCAGCAGGAGCUCAGGAUGGAAGCUCGGCCUACUGUCUCUCCUCCGGACGCCACAGCUUCUCUGGCUACUCAGACAGCUUCGUCCCACCACCAAGCCACUCCAAUCCAGUCAACCCCACCAUCAGCAAUGGCCUUUCAUCACAGGUGAUGGGAUUGUUGAACCCCGGAGGAGUGCCUCAUCAGCCUCAGGGGGACUUUGCUCUUUCCCCGCUGACCGGAACUCUGGAGCCCAGUGCAGGAAUGGCUGCCAGCUGCCAUUCAUCUCAGAGACUGGAGCCUCUGUCUGGACUGGCCAGCAUGCCCUCAUUGCCCAACUCGCAGUCCUACUGCCCGCCCAGCUACAGCUCCCCAGCCUACACCGUGGACCAUGUGGCCCCAUACCAAUACAGCCAGUAUGGACAAAGUAAGGUGCCUUUCAUUAUCUGAAGCCCAACAUCGGCUGAGCAGGAAGAAACAGGCAGGAGAAGAGAGGAGAAAUGCUAAAGGAGGAACUCUCUGAAAAAGAGAGUUAUCACCUGCUCUUCAGCUCUUUUCCUGACCUCUGACCUCCACUUCCAGCAUCGCCUACCCACAAUCUCCCUCGGUGUCGGGACCGUUUGGAUCCGGCUCCACCUCCACCCACACGGGGUCGGUUCUAACCAGGGCUGAAGGGGCGGGUGAGUGAUUUCAGUGUGGACGAUAAAGGACCAAAGGCCCUCUGUGUUCUGGGCUCCACACCAUGUUUCCAAACAACACUUACUCAACCAUUCCCAAAGAACGCCACACAAGCCACAAGGAAGCGGGUGAGAGGAAAACAAGGACUAAAAAGUACUUCAAAAAGGAUAAAACGAGAUGAACUCAGACUGUGUAUGUAACCUGUAAUGAACAGCAGGGAAAAUGUAGGACUAGGUGGACCAGCUGCCUUCGUCUUAAAGGCCUGACACUUCAACGGCUUUCACACUGAUGCCUCGCACGACAGUGCCAGACAGAGGACAGUUUUUGUGCGUGACAUUAUGUGAUAUCAUCAGAGCGUGUUAUUCCUUUCUUGAUGUAUCUGGGGAAAGAAGGGUUCUGUUGGGGUUCAUAAUCAACAAUGUUCACAAUGAGUGAUGUAGAGUAAUACAAGUGAAGCCUACAUUUCAGAAUGUUUUAGAAGCUCUGUAGAGGAAGCAGGAGUGAGAAGGAGAGAGAGAGAGAGAGAGAGAGCAAAGGGUGACCUGGCUGGUAUGCAAGCAAGCACCUGGUGGAACUGCAAGCAUAACAGACCGGUGUAAUCAACAAGGAUGAACGACAGUGCAUGAGGAUCAUGCAUAUAGUUACCAUAUAAUAAAAAGUGAAGCAUAGAUCAUGAAAACAACCAUUUUCAUUAAAACGACGAGGCUGAGGAGAACAUUCACCAUUGAAGAAAUAGGAGAGUGAACGAGAGAAUACUGAAACCCAAAGAAAGUGCAAUAUACACAAUCUAUACCUCAUACACACUGAUCUCUUGUUCUUAACAAGUCAUGAAGGGCAAUAAGGAGUAUUCGUUAAGUGGUAGUAGCUGUGGGAUGUUGCAGACUGGAAUAAUUUCUGUUUGUCUUUCUGUUUGAUAGUGGUUAGACCCACUAUGCAGUUUACAGCCGAAAGCCCUUUUCACAUUUCCACAACAUUAUGAACUCUUACACUUCCAAUACCUUUCAGACUAUACGACUCGACAGUGUUCUAAAAGACUGUUAGAAUGAAAAUUGAUCUUUUAUAUGAUCGGAAUGCUCCUGCCGAUACUCCAUUACUGUUUUUAACUACCCCGAAUGCUGGGAGGUGAAAAUCUUAUAGUACAAAAAAGCUCAUUCUGAAAUGAAGAUAUGUGAGGAGCCUUAUGACCAGUAAUAUGUAAUAUGCAACUGAUAAAACAGAGAGAAAAAGUUGCUUAUUGUUCCCUUAACUAACAUUAUUAUGCAUUCAGUUAUUCUAACAUGAGUAACAAACUCAAACAACAAAAGUUUAGCCAUCCGUCAGUUAAACAGGCGUGCAAAACAAAUAAUAGAUGUUUGCUUUUCUUCUUUGAUCAUCACAGUAUAAAUGAAAAUUACGUUCUGUCUGCCUAGAACACAAUGCCCAACUCUUCUUAAGUCUUUAAUACAGUGCCGAAACAGUUAUUUUUUACGUGUUUUUUUAUACCUAUAUGUUUUUGUUUUUCUUGACAACUGCAUAAAAUUGUUGGUGUAAAAUGUCCUGUGUCAAAUGCAGCACUAUUUACUAUUUAUAAGAAAAAAUAAAAAAUA